UCUCAUUCCUGCAGCAACCUCGCAAGCAGCGGCAGCAGCAGCAGAAGUGUGGCUCAGUCUAUACUCGCCUAACAAGAGUUCCAACAAUCCAUCUCAGCUCUGUGCCUCUGUCCCUUGUGUCAAGUAGUGUGACCUGUCAGUGAAGAGACUCUGAUUUUUCACGAGCUGUGCCACAGCUUCUGUUGAAUUCAUUCAUCAGCUACCGUUUGUAUUCACGUUCCAAUGGAGUUAGAGUCUCAAAUGCACAAGAUGACCCUGUCUGGAGGGCCUGCUCACCAGCCGUGCAUGAAGUGUCAGGAGAACUGCUCGGGCUUUGAGCUCCACGCUUGGAGAAAGGCGUGCGCCCGCUGUUGGUGCGGCCCCGAGGAGCACAGAGUGGACAGCGACGUCGCCGAGGACCAGCGGCUCGGCUGGCUGCUCGCCGGCUCGCGUCACGCGCACAUGGCGGCCAGGAGGAAGGCGGACGCCGUGGGGGGCACCGAGGGGGCCAUUCGCUACGUCUACAAGCGCCACCGCAUGAUCAUCACGCGGCCGCUCACCUCGCGCAAGGACCCCACCUUCGAGAGCCUGGCGUACGAGUGGGUUCCACCCGGAGUGAGCCAGGCGCUGGCGGUGGGCUUCAUGAGUGCAUUGCCAGACGACAAGCAGCCGGUGGCGGGCACCGAGGGUGAGCGCUACCGCCAGAGGCAGCUGUGCCGCCAGCUGCCGCCCCACGACCGCGACCCGUCGCUCUGCCACGACCUCUCGCCCGCCGAGGUCCGCGCCGCGGCCGAGUUCGCUCGGCGGUGCGCGGCCGAGACGCUGGCGGUCGGCACCGUGUGCCGGCCCAAGGACUUCAUCGCGCAACUGCAGCAGGCACAAGACAAGGACGCGACCAGAGACGAGGGGAAACAAGGCGAUAAGAACAGCACUGACCAAGAGGAAUCAUCUCCCAAAGAAUUUCUGUGUCCCACGUGUGGCCUGAGCGUGGGCGUGGAGGAGCCGGCGGUGCUGGCUCGGCUCGGGGCCGACCCCCUGGCCUGGCACCCCGCCUGCUUCUCCUGCAGCGACUGCUCCGAGCUGCUCGUCGACCUGAUCUACUUCCCGCACGGGGACCGCCCGCUCUGUGGCCGCCACUACGGGGAGGCGCUCUUCCCACGGUGCCCGGCGUGCGACGAGCUCAUCUUCUCCCAGGACUGCGUGCGCCUCGGCGGGAGAGCCUGGCACAGGAAGCACUUCAGCUGCGCCGCUUGCGACGCCACGCUGCCCGAGGAGCCGUGCAGCGUUGACGACGGGGGGGGGCGGCUCCUGUGCCGCCGGUGCAAGGGCAGCGCCGCUACCGGGCCCCGGCUCGGUGUCUGAGUCCAUGCGGCGGCGUCUGGAACGUACGCGCGUAACUAACAUACGUUAACAUACGUUAGUGCGUACGCGCGUAACUAACAUACGUUAACACACGUUAGUGCGUACGCGCGUACGCGCGCGACCGUCGUUGUGACCCGGCGGCUAGACACCAGCUUAUGACACCAGCGGUGAAUACCCAGCCGACAAAGAGCAGUGUUAAAGACCAGAAUAUGGCAAGCGUCAUAUUGUAAUCUAUCGUCCCAGUGCAGCGUGUAGGACCAACAUAUGAUACCAGCUUACAAGACGAACAUUAUAGUCUACUGUCUGAGAUCCAAGUAUAUGAUGAGUUGCAUAUGCUUGAAAUGAAAUAACAGCGUGCAUGGCCAGUGUUAUAUGACCGGCAUUGAACCCUAACACCCGAGUUGAGAUUAUGAUACCGGCAUGACGAAUGAGCAGUGAAACGCAGCCUACGAGAGCAGUGUACGAGACCAAGAUACGUCCAAGAUAGCAAGACAAGAACGGUGUGCACGAUCGCCAUUCAUGCCGAGCGUAUGAGGCCAGCGUACAAGAGCAGAAUUGGAAUCUCUUGCUCGAGAUUAAAAGAGGUCAGGAAAAGAGAUAAUAGUUUAAUCCAAGCCGUUGAGAUCACCUUACUUGAUCAGCAUACGAGACCGGCGGUUAUAAUCUAGUCCCAGACCAGCGUAUAUGACCAAAAUUAGAGUCCAGCUUUCAAGUCGAACACUAAAUUCUACUGUCUGAGACUGGAGUACAACACCUACCUACAUGUGAGACCAACUUACUGCAGGAAUUCAUAUUCUUUUGGUCUUUCGGUAAAGCCACGUAGAUAGGUUGUUAUUUUCUUUGAACCUAUCUACUUGACUUUAUCGAAAGACCCAAAAAAUAGUGUACCUAUUCUUGGUUCUUUAGGUAAGGUCACGUAGAAGGGAAAUAAUAAAAUAAUAAAAAUAACACAUUAUAAGAUACAAUUAUCACGACGUUUCGGCCACAACGCAAGCAGCCAUCCUCAGGUGAAGCUUAGCAGUGUUUAUUAGGACGCUGUCUUCCCGACAGCCCUGUUUUCUCCUGAGGACGGCUGCUUGCAUUGUGGCCGAAACGUCGUGAGAAUUUUAUCUUAUUAUGUAAAAAAAUUAUUAUUUUAUUAUUUCCCUUCUACGUGACUUUACCGAAAGAACCAAGAAUAUGAAUCCAUGCAGUCACGAAAGCUUUAAAUCUAAAUAGUGUGCCUGAUCUACACAUAGGAUUAGUAUACGAGAACAACACGCUUAUGUCCGGUCUGAAUGCAGUAUGCAAGACCAACAUUAUAAUCUACUCUCUCAAACCACUGUGCAAGACUUACAUGUGUCACCAGCAUGAGAGAGAGAGCAUUAUAAUCUAUUGUCUUGGACUAUAGCGUCAGAAACCAGCUACAGAAACCAAGCUGCUGGUUUCACUUCAAGCCACAGCCGCUGAUAUAAAGCAACAGCAAAGAAAAAAAUCUCUGCAACACAACUAAUCAAUCUGUGCCGUGGCUGGGGGCUAUUUUGGUAACAUCUGAAAAGCAGUAUUUAUCAUGCAGCGUGGUUCGUUUCUACGUUGCGUGCCUUCAUGUUGCGUGUGCAGUGCGUGUAGGGAGAUGAAAUCAGGCGCACGGGGGAGUGAGAUGGAUCGCAGCUGCACGGGAUGGGGAUUGAUGGUGUACCGAUGUAAAACGGUUUCACCCCUCCAAACAGGGAUCGCCAUUGGCCCGCGUUCAUGAGAUGCGUAGUUUGUGAAGCACUUACAUGACGACAACAUGUCCCGUUCACAACAGAUUCCACUUUAGCCUGAACGUGAUCACCGUUGCAAUAACUAUACACCUUUCACCGCGCUGGUCGUCGGGGGUUUGUAAAACGUGCCGAUGUGCGUGCGUGUGUGUGUUCCCAAACUUGUGGCAAGUCAACGGAGCCAUGGGUUUGAGUUGUUCGCUCAGGAUGUGAAUCUGACCUUUGGACUUAAUCUAAAAAAAAAACUACGGCAAACUAUUUGAAUCCGCCCUUGUGAAAUGUGGCGAACUUGCAUUCGGAUCGUCGGCGUGUGCGGGUAGCAGCGAUUGGUCCUUGAUGGUUAACGUUCUCGGGGCUCAUCUUUGUUCCGGGGCUACGUGACUGCCCUGGGAAAGUGUGAGUUUCCCCCACGGCGACCGUGGCAGGGGUUUAAUGUCCGGGUCAGAUCAUGUUAGCAGGGAGUGUCUCGAUCACAGCCACCGCCGAGACGUUUCUCGCCUUCUCUCAUUCCGUUAUCGCUGCUGCCGAUUCAUUCAUCUCGUGUCCGUUCUGCCGUACCAACUUCGAUCAAUCAAAUCAUUCGUGGGCGCAAAGGCGCCGGUGCUUAUAUCGCCAGAUGCGAUGCGGCUCCUCCGGCAGGCGACAGCGGGAGCAGGCGAGACGUUCUGAUCCGAACGUUGCUUCUUAGGGGCCAUCCAUUUAGUGCGCACGCAAAAAUCUGUCAAAACUUGACCCCUCCCCUCCUCCCUGUACGCACGCGUACUUUUUACACCCCCCCCCCCCCCACCUGCGUACGUACGCUUGACGCACCCCCCUCCCACCCCGAAUCCUAUAGAACGGCCGAUAUUUAAUCCACGCAGAAACGAUCAAGGAUUAAUAAUAUGAACGUGUUUAAGCAAACAUAGUCCACCGCCGGCUGCAUUAAAGAAUUAAGUUGCGUACGUUUAAAAAGGUUUGUCUCGUGUCCGCUAGGUUCUAACGCCGACUGAACCCAGUCGGACAGGUGACGCAUUGUAGGGGUUUCGUCAACACGCGCAGUGUCAGGCUGCAGCACAGCAGCGUUAGCUGCGGUCUGCUGGGCCGCCGUCUCAAGAUCCACAGCGUCGCUGACGUCGUCAUCAUCAUCGUACAGCUUUUGAUUGUUCUCACUGUCAGAAGACUCAGUCGUGUGAAUUGCGCUGGUGUCGUUGUACACUGGCCGGCGGCAGCUAAAAUCUUGAGCCAGCGGCAGUCUGCAGCGAGGCCAGAUUGCAGGAUGUGUGACCCAUGGGGCAGGCCGCCAGACGAUGUCAGACUCGCUGCUGAGCUGCGUAACAGCUGCAGUCAGGGGCACGGUGGCAUACAAGUGACACCUCUCCCACAGACCUUCCUCUCCCGUUAGUACUUAUCUGACAGCUGAAGAAACUGAACUGUGGCUCAUUUGAAGGCCAAUGUCGACAAAUUAUUAUCGAGGCUUCAACCCCACCCCCGUUUCCGAUGCGAACGUACAUUGUCAGUAGACCCCCCAUACGCACGCGUACGCAUUUGGGUUAACCCCCCCUCCCCCCUCCAUGCUACGUACUCAAUUGAUGGCCCCUUAAUGUCUUAGAGUCCUCAGAGGAAACCCCCUAGGCUUAUGAUGCCACUCCGCACGACGUUGACUACAUCCCCUUCUUUAGAAAAUUCGCUCCCAGUUAGCCUCAACAAAGUGUUUCGUGCUUCAAAUGUAAGGGGGCUCAGGCAAUGAUGUAAUUGGGGAAAAUGGCCAGAUUGUGUCCAGUGUGACAGCAAGGAGUUAGAGUAUCUUGGUUCUUUUGGUAAAUUAACGUAGAAUGGAAACUAAUAAAAUAAUAAAAAUAAAACAUAAUACAAUAAUAUAAUAUUUUAUUAUGUUUUAUUUAUAUUUUUAUAUUAUUUUAUUAUUUCCAUUCUACGUGACUUUACCGAAAGAACCAAGAAGAUGAAUCCCUGCAGUCACGAAAGCUUUAAAUCGAGAGUUAGAGUAUGUUUAUGAAACUGGCAGGAAAGUGGGAGGUAACAAGAUGAAAAAAACCGCCUUCACGAUGUCAAAAGCCAGCAAUUACCGAGUGAGUGAACACCAUCGCACGUAUGUUCUAUGACCAUAUGUUACGUAACAUGGGUUGUCAAGGGGGUCACGUAACGUAAAGUGUAACGGGCACCGGUGCUGUAGUGUGCAUGCCAAGAUAGACAAUGAAUGAGUGAGUAUUGUAUGUUAAUCACUGCCAGGGCUUAAGUAACAAAAAUGCAAGUGUGGCUCUUUGGCCAAAAACCAUAUAUUUGCUUUCUUUGGUAUAAUUAAUGUCAUUUUAACGUUGCUUAUGCCUUCAAAAUUAAUUGCUGUAGGAUAAUCUGUGUUAAUACUGACUAGUGAGUACUCUGAGGCACCUAUGGAUGCCGUGAAAUUCCUAAAGGAAUGAGUCAUCAAAUUGUUUCUGAGUUCUCGAGUUUUUAAAUGAAAUGUAAAAAAAAAAUGUAAGGUAUUUGGAAAACUAUUAAACUGUUUAGUUUAAAAAGUCCAUAUGCAGUUAUACACUCGUAGUAAUAUUUAUGAAUGUGAGCUGAAUGUGUUUUUCUACAUUCAUAAAGCUAAGUACAGUAUUAGUGAGAUGGUUGAUAAAUUCGAAUUUGCAUUAAUGUCUCAUAUCAGAGACAAUGAAAUAUCCACACGGUGAAAAACUCAACAUCUUCUCAUAAACAUUCAUUUCCACAGCCUUAGCUGCCGACUUCCUUCCACAACAAGUCGUUGCAUACGACACGUGGCUUCUAGCGUGCAGCUUUUCCUCUAUUAUACUCAUCAAACAUAAACAAAGGGUGCAAAGAAAACUCUGGCUUCCUGAAUAUAUAACAGUCGUAAUUUAGCACGAGGUUUAUAUUUCCCCGAUUUUUAGACUGGGGGUAGAGGGGGUGGGGGGAGCUAGUUUUCAUUUUUCGUCUGUAUUUAGAAUUAUUUUACUCGUUGAAUUACUAAAGCAUAUUUUUUUAAGGUACGUGUCAGAAAUCUGGAUACGUCCUCAGAUGCAUUUGAUCUUCCGGCUCUUUGCUCCGUUGGCUCCUGGAGGAUCCAUGCACCCUGGAGGACCACACCAGGGCUACAGACCGGGCCACAUCAUAACCAUCAUCACACGCGCAAUACUGGAUAAACUUACACCUGCGGUGGCAGCGCACGAAAUUAACUAGACGCAUAAUAAAAAGCAUGCCCUGCCAUUUUUGUAACUGCGUACCGUCUACGGAUUUUCAUUCGGCGUCAACACGACGUGCCGUUGUACAACGUCGUUGUAAAGGUGACGUUCAUCGGCCAACAUCAUCAAACACGAUUAAUCCACCGCUGGAUGGAAGAUCGCAAUGCGAGAACUAUUCCUGAAGUGAGUCCCGGUGAUCGUUGCACUCCUGCCAGCGACACGCUGCGCACCUCCUGUCGUAUCUUUGCAACUGCUUUUUUGUGUUUCGUUUCGUUGUCCUUCCCUACGUACGCCGCGAAAGCGGUUCAACCGACGUCGCACGCGUACCCGUCGAAGCUCAUCGCGAUCACUUUGCUUGCUUUACUCCCUGCAGUUACCGAUUGCAAUUCAAUAAAGGGCUCGUGA